AUGCUAGCAUCUCCAGCGGGCGACGCGCCGAGCCAGAGGGAGGCCUGGAAGAGCCUCCCUCCUCCCAUCUUGUACCCAGUGCAGGAAGCCAAGUUCGAGAAAUACAUUCCACCCCAGGCAGACGGUCAUGAGAAAGCAUUAGCACAGCCCGAAGGCACUGCAGCGAUCGUAAUUGAUAAUGGCUCCUCUACUGUCCGGGCAGGAUGGUCCUUCGAAUCGAAUCCACGGCUUGCAAUACCUCCGAUAAUGGCCAAGUACCGCGACCGAAAGCUUGGAAAGACCUACUCCUUUGCCGGCCAGGAUUGUUACGCCGAUACCACCGCGCGAGGGCACAUCCGGAAUGCAUUUGAAGCCGGGACCGGUAUAGUGAGCAACUGGGACGUCAUGGAGCAUGUUCUGGACUAUACAUUUAUUAAGCUGGGCCUGAACGGCGUCGAAGGCGCGGUAGACACGCCCAUCCUCAUGACAGAGGCUGUCGCGAACCUCCCUUACUCGAGAAAAUCAAUGACCGAAAUCAUAUUCGAAUGUUACGGCGCACCGGGCCUGGCAUACGGCAUCGACUCCCUGUUUUCUUACAACUACAAUAAAGGCAAGACGGGUCUGGUCGUCUCCUCAUCCUACAGCGCGACGCACGUCAUCCCGGUUUACAACUCUAAGGCGAUGCUAGCUCAGGCAAUCCGGCUGAACUGGGGCGGGUGGCAUGCCGCCGAGUAUCUCCUCAAGCUCAUACGCCUGAAAUACCACGCCGGCUUCCCAGGAAAGCUCAACUCAUCGCAAGCCGAACAUAUGGUUCGGGAAUUCUGCUACGUCUCGGAAGACUACGACCAAGAAUCGGCGCGUUAUCUCGACUGGACCGGCUUGGAGGACAGAGAGCGGAUCAUCCAGUACCCGUAUACAGAGGAGGUCAUCGUGCAGAAGACCGAAGAAGAGCUGGCCCGAGUUGCUGAGCGGAAGAAGGAGAGCGGCCGGCGACUCCAGGAACAAGCCGCGAAGAUGCGGCUUGAGAGGCUCAUGAAGAAAGAACGGGAGCUGGAGUAUUACAGGGACGUGCAGCGCAAGCUCGUCGACCAGAACAAGAAGGAGACGAAGCGCCUUCUCGACGAGGCCGAAAUGAAGGAUGAAGCCGCCCUGGAACGGGCGAUCAAAGAACUCGACAAGUCGAUCAGGCGGGCGCGGACGAAGGAUCUGGGCGGAGAGCAGGAGGAGGAGCAGGAGCUGCCCAACUUUGACCUGCUGGAGGUUCCCGACGACCAGCUUGACGAGGCCGGUGUAAAGCAGAAGCGGCAACAACGGCUCAUGAAGUCGAACUACGACGCCCGGGCUCGCGCCAAGGCCGAGAAGGAAGCGGAGAAGGCCCGCAUCGCCGAGGAUGCUCGGCUCGACGAGGAGAGGCGGACAAAUGACCUCGAGGGCUGGCUGGAAGACAAGAGGCAGGCGCACCUCGCCAAGCUCGCCCUUCUCAAGGAGAGGGACCGCCUCAAGGCGGACCUCGGCAACCGCAAGUCGCUCGCGAGCCAGAUCCGGAUGAAGAACAUCGCGAACCUGGCGUCGGACGCCCCCGCGGGCACGUCGGGGAGCCGGAAGCGGCGGCGCGCCGGGGACGACGACGACUUUGGCGCCGACGACGCCGACUGGGGCGUGUACCGCAGCGUCGCCAUGGGGGCCAACAAGGGCGACAGCGACGACGACGAGGAAGGCGAGGAGGACCUCGAGUCGGCCGUGCGGGCACUCGAGCAGGACCUGCUUCUCUACGACGAGAACUUCACCUACGAGAACACCCUCGAGGCCCAGAAGGACUGGUCAAAGUCCCUCCUGCACGCCUUCCGCUACGGGCCGCGCCCCUUCGACCCGGCCUCCGCCGCCGAGACGCACCGCCUCCACCUCAACGUGGAGCGCAUCCGCGUCCCCGAGGUCAUCUUCCAGCCGGGCGCCGUCGCGGGGCUCGACCAGGCGGGCCUCGUCGAGAUCGCGGGCGACAUCCUGACCCAGCGGCUGGCGGGGGUGGCGGACGGAGGCGACGAGUUCCUGCGCGACGUCUUCCUGACGGGCGGCAACACGCUCUUCCGGGGCUUCGACGAGCGCCUCCGCGCGGGCCUGACCGCCCUCCUGCCCGCCGGCUCGCCGCUCGCCGUCCGCCGCGCCGCCGACGCCCGCCUUGACGCCUGGAGGGGCGCCGCCGCAUGGGCCGGCUCCGACGACUGGAGGAGGGCCCUCGUCACGAGGGAGGAGUACCUCGAGAAGGGGAGCGAUUAUAUCAAGGAGCACGAUCUCGGAAAUGCCUUCUCAUGA